AUGGUCCGGGUCCUUGAUCACGCCGGCCAGCCCGUCAAGGGGGGCCGAGCCAGAGUGAAUGACAUGCGACUAUACUACAUCACGGCGGGCAAGGGACCGGCACUGGUCCUCCUGCACGGCACGCCCAAGAACAGCUACUACUGGUACAAGCUCUUUCCCUUGUUGACGGAGCACUUCACCCUGGUGGCGCCUGACUUGCGGGGGUUUGGAUAUUCGGACAAACCGCCCACGACCGAUGGGUACGACUGCAGAACCAACGCCACCGACAUCGCCGAGUUGAUGUCCCGGCUCGGCCACGAGCAGUACCACGUGCACGGCGAAGACCGCGGCGCCGAAUACGCCUAUGCCCUCGCCGCGCUGUACCGCCACCGCAUCCUCUCCCUUUCAUUCUGCGAGAUGCUCCUCUCGGGCUUCGGGCUCGAGGAGUCUUCCUUUUGGACGCCGGAGAACGUGUCAGCUCAGUUCCGCCAGCAAGGCGUAUGGUGCUGGCACUUGGGGUUUUUCUUCAUCCCUCACCUUCCAGAGAUGUUGAUCCAGGGCCAUGAGCGGGAAUUCUGGGAGCAUUUCAUCAAGCAGGAGUGCUUUGACCCUGUGGCAGUAGAGGCACAUGCUCUGGAUCAUUGGAUCGAGUGUGUCAAGCAGCCGGGCUGUCUGAGGGGUAUCCUCGGGACGUAUCGUGCCGGUUUCAAGAACGCGGAGAUCAACCGCGGGUUGGCGCGAGAGAAGUUGACACUGCCCGUCAUGACGAUCGGUGCGCCCGAGUUCUUUGGUCCAAAGGUAAGGGAUUGUGCUUUGAAGGUUGCGGAGACUGUCACCAGGUCGGAGAUGUUUGACGAGUGUGGGCACAGCUUGGCCCUGGAAGCGGAAGAGAGACUGGCGACGUGUUUGAAGGAGUUCUGCUUGGGUGGAAGUUGGUGA